AACUUGGCUAACCCCAAAAAAAGAAAAAAAAAUUAAAAAAAAAUCAAUUCGGCCCGGGCCCGGGCCCGACCCGGCCGGGCCGGUUCGCCAAAUUCAAGGCCCGAGCCCGGACCCGGCCACCCCACCGGGCCUAGGCCCGACCCGGACCCGGACCCGAGAACCGGGCCGGUUCCGGGCUUGCACAGUGGCGGGCCGGGCCGGUCCCGGGCCGGGCGGCCCGAACCGGGUCCAUGCCUAGCCUGGAAAAGUAUGUUUAACUAAAAAGAGACAAGAUAAUAAAGUAUUACUACGUAUGAUGAGUGCAUCCAUGAAAUUGUAAGACUGACAGGUUUUGUUUUGGGAAACCUUAUUUAAUUUCAGUGAGCCCCCCACCUCCUGCUCUUAUUCCUCCUUCCCCUGUGGGUCCAACUCCCAGUCCUAUUACUCCUGCUCCUACUCCUGGUGAUGCUGACGUGGUCAGUCCAACUUUUGUAACUAUCGACAAUAGAGCAGUUUGCUUGGGAGGGAAUAAGGCAGCAUACUAUUACGUCCCAGGAUUCGGCAAAGGGGUCGAAAAUUGGGUUGUAUAUCUUCCUGGGGGCGGAUGGUGUAAGAAUGUAAGUGACUGUGAAGAUUAUAUCAACACUAAAGGUGUGGGUUCGCCAGCAAAACCAAUGCCCUUUAAUGCUAUUCUAAGUUCUAACAAGGAGAACAAUCCUGAAUUUUUUGAUUGGAACAAAGUUGCUAUUCGAUAUUGUGAUGCAUCUUCAUUCACAGGAAACUCUGAAAUAACAACGCCAAGUGGUACAAAACUUUAUUUUAGAGGAAGGGUCGUUUUCGCUGCUGCCAUGCAAGAGUUGUUGCAAAAAGGGAUGGGAAAUGCAAAGAAUGCUCUUUUGGUUGGUGGUUCAGCCGGUGGAGUUGCCACAACCAUAUACUGUGAUAGAUUUCGAAAUCUGUUUCCAUCCAGUUCGAGAGUAAAGUGCUUUUGUGAUGGGGGUUAUUUCUUUCUUUCGAAAGAUCAUAUUCAAGGAAAUGGAUUCCUAUCAAUGUUUGAGGGCUUAGUAACACUACAUAGGUCAAAAGAUGUGCUGCCCGAAUCUUGUACUGCAAGAUUAAAUGCAGAACUGUGUUUUUUCCCGCCAAAUUUACAGGAAGAUAUCAAAACACCCAUCUUCUUCCUAAUGUCAGCAUUUGAUAGGGUUCAGAUCCAAUAUACUUUAUCAAUGGACCUUACUCAUUGUGUUAAAAAUUUGAGUUGCACGCCGACUCAAAUUAAAGCAUCACAAGAUCUUCGGUUGGAGCUUCUCACAGUUCUACCCAAACAAAGCAAGACUUCUUCCAAAGGGUUCCUGGUUACCUCUCCAUUUGCUCAUACACAAGUUGAAAAGGAUAUUUGGAAUAGUCGAGCUGCAGGGACUAAUAAGACUAUUGCCAGCCUAUUUGGAGACUGGUACUUUGACAGGCAAAUAGUUCAAGUGGUAGAUCAGUAUCCAUGUCCUUACAGAUGUCCAUGACGUACUAGCUGCUGCUUUUCAAGAUGAUGCCCACUAUAUGUAGUCCACUAUAUGUGCCAUAUGAUCUUUCUGAGGAUUAUCUUGCGUUUAAUUUUAAGUUCAUCAAAAACAAUUAUAUAUUCUAAUUGUAGUCCACUAUAUGUAACAACAAUGCUUUGUCGCUAUGCCUCAAUGGGGUUAACUCCAAAGUUAUGUUACUCUUUCACUAUUGAGCAUAUCAAUAUUGGAGUAUUAACUUGUGGAAAUCUGUAGUUUAUUUGGUACGUACGAAGUAAUAUAUCCCAUGUUUAUACACAGU